UGCAGUGCAUUUUCACCACUGUGUGGCUGUGUUGCGAUAAUGGUCUCUUGGAUAUCAUGGCCAGACUCGACGACAACACACUCUUCGCACAUCGACCGUCGUCUUUUGACCCCGGUAUUGGCAUGACUCCUGGCGGUUGGCGUUUAAUGGUCGCAUAUGAUACCCGAGCAGGGAAGAGGGUAUCCACGAAGGUACCUCUGAUCUUAUUUUGUACAUUAGCAAUUGAAUAUGACAUCAUUGACUAUCGGCCAUUAGCACGUGGGCGGACUGGCCGGCUUAACCUUAAUCGCUUUUUCUCCAUCGCGUCUCUCUCCACUUCGUUCUUUCUCGUUCUCCACUCUUUUCCACCCCAUACACGAUGACGACGCUCUCCUUCUUCCAUCACUCCGGGUUCGACUUACCGCAAAUGAUGCACAGCCACUGGAGUUUUCUCGGUCGAGCACAAUGAGCUUCGUCCCCCGCAUAAUGUAUAUGCAAUCGCCAUCGUCAGCGUUGGAUUGUUCAUCGCUCUUGCAGGAGGAAC